AGUCCACGGUAGACUUUUCCCACGCUGCAAAGCAAUGGAGCGGCGCUAGUGGUGAUCACCGACGAGCAUGGCAGCAGCGAAUUUGCUCGAGGCGAUUCGAAUCGCGGACAAGGUUGGCACAAGAUCCACGAACACAAACUCGAGCAAGGUCUGUAGAAACCAAUGUAGGAUCCUCAUCGCGGCGGUCGGCUAUGUCCGAGACUAUCUCAAGCAAAUCCAGGAUCUCAACUUCGCGAGCAACAGGCGAGCCUUCGUAUGGGACGAAACCGUGGCUGUCCUUAAAAGAGGCCUCCAUCUCCUCAAGUCAUGCCAAGAGGGCGAUUGGAUCGCUCGGAGCCUGCUGUUUGAGGAAAGCUGCGAUGAUUUCCAGAGCAUUUACGCCGAGAUCUACAACUGCGUCGAGCUCGUCAGCGUCUAUCUCUUUCAGCUGGCACCGUCCACCUCGCACAGAUCCAGGAUUGCCGAGGCUUACAACUCGUGCCUCAUGAGGCAGAAUUCGAGCAGCAUGCUGGAAGAAGCCGGAAGGAACGAUCGGAAGGAGCUCAUGGCUCUCGCAAUGAACCAAGAGCCGGGAAGCCUGACGACCGAGACAGAACGAGCCAAAGAGAUACUCUGCUCCAUGCUCCUGGGAAACAAGUCAGUGAUCAACCACAAGGAACUCAAGCUGAGAACACACCUGGGACAAGGAGCUUACGGAACCGUGUACGAAGCAAUCUGGCUCGGUCACAAGUUCGCGGUGAAAGUCUUCGCUCAAGGUGACACCAGCUUCGCCAAAGAGCUCGCGGUUCUCGGAGCUCACAAGCAUCCCAACGUGUUGCACAUUGCCGGCCAUUCUUUCGAUGGAGAGAAGCGGCAGUACUCGCUGGUGAUGGAGAAGAUGGACAUGGACCUGGCAAACUACCUCCUCAAGAAGAACUCCCUCUCGUUGCUGUCGAUCGUGGCAGUGAUGCUCCAAGUCGCUACUGGCAUGGCUUGGCUUCACUCGAAGAACGUAAUCCACCGGGACCUCAAGCCGCAGAACAUCUUGGUUGGCGAAGAAGACAACGAUCUCGUGAGUAUCAGGAUUGCCGACUUUGGAGUCUCGAGGCCCGAUUUCAUCUCCUCCCUCAUCAGCGAAGCCACCCCCAAGCAAGGCACCAGAAACUUCAUGGCACCAGAAGUGUGGACCAGCGAGCGCUACACGAAGAAGGCCGACGUUUACAGCUACGGGAUGCUGAGCUACCAGCUUGUCACUGGAAACAUUCCGUUCAAGGUCGGGAUGGACAUGGAGCAAGUCCUUCGAGGCAAGCGUCCUGAGAUACCAGCCACCUGUCCAGAGUUCCUGUCGCAGCUCAUGCGGGAAUGCUGGAACCACGAUGCGAAAGAGAGGCCUUCCUUCUCGGAUAUCUGCGAGCGGCUGAAGCAGCUCAAAUCCAGGAUCAUCACUGGCACCGACUCCACCGACGAGCUACGAGCCAAGUUGGUUGAAGCAGCCAGGUCAUCUUCCUCUUCUUCGUACUCGUCGUCUUCCUCGUCCUCGUCGCACAGCAGGACUCGAGUAAACCUGGAUUCUCUUGUCCAAGCGACUGAGAAGCUUUGGACCCAAAAUCCCCCGCCUUCCCGUGUCCAGCCGGUACCACACCGUCCUCACCACGUCGCACCAUUACCAAAACCAGAUAAAAGGACCGAGCUCUUCGAACUGGUAAAGAACGGCCUCAUCAUAACGCCUUCGAGAAAGCUCUGUCCCUGA